AUGAAUGAUGUUGUUGGAGCGCAAAGUUCGGCUGGUUGGGCGAUGAAUCCAGCGGUCCAGCAUACCCUCCGAAGGCAUCGUGAAAUUUUGAGAGACUACGGUACGGAAUUUCGCAGAGCCCGCGAUAAUGUGCAACAGCAACUGCAGAGAGAAUCAUUGCUCUCCGGUGGUGUGAGCGGAUCUAACCCGGAUGGGUCUUGUCUCAACAAUCGUGUCAAAGGCUCUGACUUAUAUCUCAAAGAAAAUGAACACAUCAGCAGCUGCGAUCGACUUAUCGAUGAGCAGAUGAGCAUAGCAAUGGCGACAAAAGAAAAUUUACAACGUCAAAGUAUGAGCUUAAGAGGGAUCGGAAAGAAAAUGGACACUCUGGCCAAGAAAUAUCCGAUGAUCAGCAAUGUAAUGCAGAAAAUUCAGUACAAGAAGCGGAAAGAUGCAGUAAUACUGGCAACAGUAGUGACAUGUUGCUUGAUAUUUGUGUUCUUCUACCUGAAGAGUUGA